AUGCGCUCGUCCUUCCGCAGGCGACCGAAGCCCGCGGGACCCUCCAGGGCCGCCACGCCCGCCCCGAGGAACCGCACAGGCACCUGUAGUCAACUGAAGCCAUCUCUACAGGGGACCUUCCAAGUCCUACGUGGCAAUGGCACUUCUCUGGGGACAGUGCUUCUAUUCCACUGCCCCUCUGGCCACCAGAUGGGGGGCCCUGGUCUCAUCACCUGUGCCUGGAAGGGGAACGUCGCCGACUGGUCUUCAGGGAUACCUGUGUGCAAGUCUGUGCCCCCGUACGAGACCUUUGGCUUCAGGGUGGCAGUGAUUGCCUCCAUCAUCAGCUGUGCCAUCAUCCUGCUCAUGGCCAUGGCCUUCCUGACCUGCUGCCUCAUGAAAUGUGUGAAGCGAGAAGAGCAGCAUCGCUCUGACAGGACGGUCCAGCUGUGGUACCAGCUCAGAGUCGGGGACCUGGAGACGGUCCAGGCUGCCUACCUUAGCCUCAAGGGCCUUAACAACAACAAUAACAUCCACCCCAGGAGCCAGUCCUGCUUGGGAGAAGCUGCCACACAGGCAUAUGACAACCGCUGCUUCACCAUAGACUAUGGUGAGGGCACGAGAAGACUGACUGGCAUGGGCUGUAGCCUGGAUAAAGACCCCAGGAUUCCUGCACCCAGUGCACUGAGCCCCCGCACACCUCACACCCAGGUGAUGGUGCACAGAGAGAAUGCUGCGCAGAUCCUGCUUGCCUCUGAAGCGAUCCUAGAAACGCCAGGACAAGUAGCCGCAAACGUCCCAGAGUCACCAAGAAGCGGCAACCAGUUCUUGCCCACCCAGAACACAAUGGAGACCUAGCGGAUGAGGCCCACCCCACCGGCCUUCCACCUGGUCUCCCAUGGGUGUCUAAUUGGAAAUGGUGGUGCCCUCUCAGGACUGAGCCCUGACUAGCUAUUUAUAUAUAUAUGGCUUCCUCAAAACCACUGAUAAGGUUAAGCAACUAGCUGUAGCCUCUUGCUAAUCUCAGUUCCCUUAAAGAGAUUGGAGGGAAUUUUUUUGUUUUUUAGAAAAUCUAGUUUUGUAUAAUUGGUUAAGAAAACAAUAAACUUCUUUUUUCAGCAAUUAAA